AUUGGUUCCAGGGCAACGUAGCCUGGGGUCAAGUAAGGGUCGAGGUCAACAUGCUACAGCGCUCCGUAAUCACGAGAUUUAGGCUAGGUGUGGUUCUACGUCAAUCCCGCUGACCACAAGUGAAUGAGUCACCAGGUAGUCCUAUAGGUCGUUAGGACGGGUAUAUAUAGUGGAUACUGCAGGGCUGGUAGCACACCUCACGCAGAAGUCGCCAGGUGCACAAAAUGGCCACCAAAGUAGGACUUGUUGUCGCGAUCCUGUCGCUGGCAUGCUGCUCCACUACGGUAGAAGGGCAGUUCUCACCGAGCUUCUACGAGACGUGGGGAUACUACAUCCAGCUGGCCUCGACCAAGCCCAUUGACUGGAACACCACCAUAGGUUAUCUCAUCGCUGGUCAAGUCCAGCAGUCUUGCUACGACCAGAGCUCCAAACUUCACACCGACAUGACAGCUGGCCUGUCUUACGCAGUUCAGAUGUUGGACAGCACCGGAAAGUUCACCCCAUCAGCCCUGUUUGAAGGAGGAUAUGACGACUUCGGCAGCUUCAAAGGCUGCAGGGACCGCAUCCAAUACGCUCCGGACGUACCGAAGGACCUGAAGCCGAUGUACUGUCUUGUAGGCUGGGCAGGAAUCGCACCGGAACUGACGGGAUAUGCGCGGUCUUACGUUAAUGGGCUCUGUGUACCCAACACGUGCAGCGAUCUUGAUGUUACACUCCUAGCAGGCACAGGUCUCCUUGGCAUAAAGCCGAUGCCCAGUUGGUUCCCCGUGGGUGUUCUCUGUCAGCGGGAAGAAGACUACGCCACCUUUAGUACUGGAGCCAUCGUCGCAAUAUGCUUCAUCGCCGUCAUCCUUCUGAUGCUGCUCAUCUCUACCCUGUACGAGUUUAUCAUCAACGUCUCUUGUACACAGGAGAAGGUGAAAUCUAUAACUAAGAGUAAGACUGGCCGGUUCUUUCUGUCCUUCUCCGUGUACUCCAACACCAAGAAGGUGUUCGACACAUACCAGCCGCCAGGGCAACUUCCGGCGCUUCACGGCAUCCGCGUUAUCAGCACGCUGUGGAUCAUCUAUGGACACACGGACUUCUUUACCGAUAACGCAAUAACAACUAACAUAAGACAGAGGUAUGAAUGGUCCUCAGAGAGGUGGUAUUUCAUAAGAGGAAGUAUGGAUAUGGCCGUGGACACAUUCCUGCUGCUAAGUGCACUGCUGGUGUCCUACUUGUUCAUGAAGCAACUGAAGAAGAACGAGGGCUCGUUUACUGGGAAGGACUUACUUCUUCACUACUUGCACCGCUACUGGAGGUUGACCCCCGUGUACGGCUUCCUCAUCAUGAUCUUUGCUUGUCUGAUGGUCUACAUGGGGACGGGACCCAUGUGGGCGAGCCCUGGCAACCUCGCCAUGGGAAACGUCGCAGCCUGUCAGAGCUGGGUGUGGACCAACCUGUUAUACAUCAACAACUGGUUCAACGGUGAAGCUGAGUGUUUCGGCUGGGCGUGGUACCUUGGUGUGGACAUGCAGCUUUACAUCGUAGCUCCCGGUCUAUUGGUUCUGCUGUACAAGAAACCGAAGUUGGGAGUAGGUUUGGUGACUUUCCUCACAGUCCUUAGCAUGGCCCUCACCGGCAUUCUCUACCACUUCCUGGUCAAUGUUCCAUCUGGGUCGUAUUACGCUACGGUGUACAAGUUCACAUUCACCCGCAUGGGACCAUACAUGGUGGGACUACUGAUGGGCUUCAUACUCUUCAAGAUCAACCGCAAAGUACCCAAAACAGGCCUCACCAAGGCGCUGAUGCUGUUUGGUUGGCUCGCUGCGGCAGGCUUUGCCUUGCUGUUUGUAGCUGCCCCCGCCUGGAUGGGAAGUCCGUACUCGGUGUAUGGCCAACCCGCUUGGAGGGCCUGGGACAGAACAGUGUUCUCCUGUACUGUAGCCUGGGUGGUGUUCGCUUGUUGUGUAGGGUACGGAGGUAUCAUCACGGAGUUGCUGUCGUGGAGCGGGUGGGUGCCGUUGAGCCGUCUGACGUACACUGCGUACCUCGUGCACCCCAUCGUCAUGCAUGUCCACACCAUGUCCCUCAAAACACCGCUCUUCUACACGGCCGAUAACUGGUGGUUCCUCUUCCUCGCCUACUCCUUCUUGGCGUUCCUGUGCGGCUUCGUUGCCACCAUCAUGGUGGAGUUGCCGUUCUUCGGGCUUGAGAAGCUGAUCUUCCCACAGCGCAGAGGCAGGGACAGCUCCAAGGCACCAAACAACGCCACCAACGAGGCACAUGACAACCAAGCUCUUGAAAUGGGAGAAAUUGACAAAUCAGUCGAUGCAACAGCCAACGGACAAGGUGUGAUAAUGAAGAACCAUGACGGCAUACCGGGACAUGCCAAUGGAGAUUGGGCUGUAACCGUCCCUGCCAACCAGGAAACUUUCGACCAGAAACUUUAAACCUUCAUUGUUUUGUACCAAAAAUCACUGCGAUAACUGAUAUUGGUUGGAAAAAAAAACAUCUCUAAAUUUAAAUUUGGAAGUACAAAUGUAGUCGAAUGGAUAUAACCUCACUGUUUAAAGCUGAAUGUUUAAGAAACGAAUGAAAAAUUGUAAUCAUUGUAUAUUAUGUUACUGGUAUGCACUUGUGUACUUGUACUUUAUGCUUUAUGAACAACAAUAAAGUUUUAAAAAAACCGUCCCUGCCAACCAGGAAACCUUCGACCAGAAACGUUAAACCUUCAUCGUUUUGUACCUAAAAUCACUGCGAUAACUGAUAUUGGUUGGAAAAAUACCAUCUCUAAAUUUAAAUAUGGAAGUACAAAUGUAGUCGAAUGGAUAUAACCUCACUGUUUAAAGCUGAAUGUUUAUUAAGAAACGAAUGAAAAAUGUAAUCAUUGUAUAUUAUGUUACUGGUGUGCACUUGUGUACUUGUACUUUAUGCUUUAUGAACAACAAUAAAGUUAAAAAAAAACGUCCCUGCCAACCAGGAAACCUUCGACCAGAAACUUUAAACCUUCAUCGUUUUAUAGCAAAAAUCACUGCGAUAACUGAUAUUGGUUGGAAAAAAUACCAUCUCUAAAUUUAAAUAUGGAAGUACAAAUGUAGUCGAAUGGAUAUAACCCCACUGUUUAAAGCUGAAUGUUUAUUAAGAAACGUAUGAAAAAUGUAAUCAUUGUAUAUUAUGUUACUGGUGUGCACUUGUGUACUUGUACUUUAUGCUUUAUGAACAACAAUAAAGUUUAAAAAAAAACCGUCCCUGCCAACCAGGAAACCUUCGACCAGAAACUUUAAACUUUUCAUUGUACUGUACCAAAAAUCACUGCGAUAACUGUAUGCCAUAUCGACAUUCUUCUAUAUAUGUUUGAGAGAAAAUUUCCUUCAGUUAUCAUUUAAAUUAUACAAAUGUACAUAGCCAGAUUUCUCUUAAUUCUUUCUUCCUGGACUUUCCUUCAUUGUGUUGGUUUUAUACAUGUUCUAAAAACUUGAAGAUUUGGUAGAA